CUGCAAGGGCGGAAGCCUCGGCUCCAGUGGUAACCUAAACGGGUCCGGAAAGCACAAACCUAACGUUGGAUACCGCCUGGGCCGCCGGAAGGCACUGUUCGAGAAGCGGAAGCGGAUCAGCGACUACGCCCUCGUCAUGGGAAUGUUCGGGAUCAUCGUCAUGGUCAUCGAGAAUGAGCUCAGCAGCGCCGGAGUGUACACGAAGGCCUCAUUUUACUCGACGGCGCUCAAGACCCUGAUCUCCGUCUCCACCGUGGUGCUGCUUGGCCUUAUCGUCGCUUACCAUGCCCUUGAAGUGCAGCUGUUCAUGAUCGACAACUGUGCGGACGACUGGCGUAUAGCGAUGACUUGGCAGAGGAUAGCGCAGAUAUCCAUGGAGCUGGCGAUCUGUGCAGUACAUCCUAUCCCUGGCCAGUACUACUUCCUGUGGACGACCAAGCUGGCCAACAAGGGGGGAGAGAUCGGGUCCCAGUGGGUGCCUUACGACGUGGCCCUUUCCCUUCCCAUGUUCCUCCGCCUCUACCUCAUCUGCCGCGUGAUGCUCCUGCACAGCAAGCUCUUCACGGACGCGUCCAGCCGCAGCAUCGGGGCCCUCAACCGCAUCAACUUCAACACGCGGUUCGUCCUCAAGACCCUCAUGACCAUCUGUCCUGGCACGGUCCUUCUCGUGUUCAUGGUCUCCCUGUGGAUCAUCGCCAGCUGGACGCUCCGACAGUGUGAGAGGUUCCACGACGAGGAUCACGCCAACCUCCUGAACGCCAUGUGGCUCAUAGCCAUCACCUUCCUGAGCGUGGGCUUCGGCGACAUCGUGCCCAACACCUACUGUGGGAGGGGGAUCGCCGUCAGCACUGGCAUCAUGGGUGCAGGGUGUACAGCGCUGUUGGUGGCUGUCGUGUCCAGAAAGAUGGAGUUGACGAGAGCAGAGAAACAUGUCCACAACUUCAUGAUGGACACGCAACUAACGAAGCGGUUAAAAAAUGCUGCGGCCAACGUAUUACGUGAAACGUGGCUCAUCUACAAGCAUACGAGGCUUGUAAAACGAGUCAACGCUGGCCGAGUGCGCACACACCAACGCAAGUUCCUGCUCGCAAUAUAUGCCUUACGCAAAGUGAAAAUGGAUCAGAGAAAACUAAUGGAUAAUGCAAAUACAAUAACAGACAUGGCAAAAACACAAAAUACAGUAUACGAGAUAGUUUCAGACAUGAGCUCAAGGUACGAUUCGUUGGAAGAAAGAAUUAUAGGGCUAGAAGACAAAUUAGUCAACAUUCAAGAACAGGUGGAGCUUCUGCCAGAUCUCAUAAAUCGAGUUUUGACACAGCACCAACAGGCGCAGGCGGCGAGUAACAAGGACAACGCGACCAAUAGCAACAACAACAGCAACAGUACCGACCGGUCCAACGAGCGGCGGAACUUCCUGCACCCCGAGUCGGCGGCUCUGCCCAACGCCAACCCGGCACUACUGUCCCACUCACGCAGUGUGCCCACCACGUCAGCACCGUACCACUGGCCGGCCAGCCCUAUCCUACCGCCCAUCAGCAGCCGAACCCCCCAUCUCGUACCGGAGCCGCUACACCCCAACAGCUGAGUAUUGGCAUAGUCAACGGAUGGGGAUCAGGCUGAGGUGUUGAUUUAGGUUAGGUCACUUGCUCACCACCCUUCGCUGCUUGCUCGCCCGCCAGCCAUGCCUCGAUACCAACACUAAAACUAGGGUCUUACCUUUUUGGCUGUAAUUUUACCUCAAAAUUCCGUAUCUAAAUGAAUAUUUUCAAGAUGCGAGCCAUAUAAUUGUACUAUAUGGGCAUGCUGAUCUUUUAUUCUUUGUGAUUUGUAAUCAUCUGAAAGAGAUUGUUCUGAAAGUGCAAUAUCAAAAUCUCUUUUAUUUCUAAAAUGUUUUUGUGGCUGGCGGAUUGGCUAAGUAAGUGAUUUUCCAAAAAAUAUAUAGCGUUUGAUCGUUACUUUUGUUAUAACCUGUAUUUAAAGCAGGCGUUUGAACUAAUUUAGUUUUAUAUUGAUUAGAAGCGGAAGGACCAAUUCGAUUUAAGACUAUACACUGUACUGCUAUAUAGUCACUUAUGCCUUAUAGACACUUUUAUGAAAAGAAGUAGAUUUUAACCUUUGCUUAAUAAACGAGCAUGCCUCAUUAUAUUUUGCAAAACUUUGACUAAAUCAGAAAUCUUUACAACUUUAAAUAAACUUUGCUAAAUAAAACUAAAAUAAAUAUUAUAAAUUUAUAAACUAUGUCCAAUCUAGUAAAACUUGAUUUAAACUGUAGCAAAUGCUGGCGAGGGAGAAAGUAUUUUGUAUGAGAAUUGUAUAUAUUUAUAUAGAAAAAAGUAGAAGGUUGCAUAAAUAAACCUUGGAUCGCAUAGAAACAGAUUUCAACCAAUGAGAAUAAGUUGGCGUACAUAGAACAAACAGAAACUCAAAUAAAUCUCAAUACAAGAUAAACAUUUUGUGUCUCUAAAACCUUUUUCACUCAAAAAAGCUAUCAACAAAAAGAAUUAUUACCUGAUGAAAUGUAUCAGGUAAUCUAGCUCUACAAAAAAAGAGAAGACAAAAUAUGUAUGUAAUUCAGUCCCUAAACUUUGUUAGCUAUUCAGAAAACAACAUAGGCGUUUUUGAACACUAUAAGUAAGGUUUGGUAUAUAUCCACCAAUAGUGCUGGAUGUUAAUUUUAGAUUUGGACAUGUGAUGAUUGCUUUAGGCCUAUUUAAACAAAAAUAUUCUUUGCUAUUGCUGUGUUCAAAAAGAUUAUUCGUACUGUUCUCACUUUACAUUUUCUUCUGCCAUAAUGGACAAUUCAUGAUGAAAGCAUUGAUCAAACUGUUCCAGAAAAUUCGUGGCAUACAUUGUAAUUUCUCCCAUCUGGAAUGCAUUGCAAUAUUUUGUGACAAUGAUUGUAGGUUAACUUUUGCAUUGAAAUGUAUGAAGUGCGGUGACAUUGUGAAAAGACACCAGAUCCCUGUCAUAUUUUGGGUAAUUUAGUAAAAAGAACAGAUUUUUUUGUUUUUAGUUGAGUUCCGUUAGUUAACAAAUGCAGUCUCUUAUUUUUAUCACUCAAAAGAAUGCAAACCCUACAAUAGAAACCACUGCACUUGCCUGGCGAUUCCAGGAGGUACUCAACUUUAGCUGGCCUUUAGUAAGCCAGUACAUUGAUAGUUGUGCUUAAAAGACACAGCAAAUCAGUGUUCUCAGAACACUAUCACGAUCUAAUAUAAUUAGAUGCCAACUCAGGCCCAUUCCAAAGACUGUUGCAAUGGUGUAGAAAGCUGGUCGAAUCAUUCAUUGUUAUUUUCUAAGUACUUGGUCAGUUCAUUGUUUGUCAAUGAACACAUCUCGAAAUUGAUAUUUCCACGCAGUAACCAGUUAUUUUUUUGUAUUUGAUAUUCCAUUUUAUCUUUAUUUGUGUACUAAGUAUUAGUAGGCGUAUUGAAUUUGUAUAUUUUUUGUUAAAGUGUACAUAUUUGUUAUGAGAAGAGAGCUAUUCAAAAUUAUUUUAAACAUAUUUGUUGCUUAAGUAUUGUAUAAUUUAUUUCAUAGUUUUAAAACUGUGUUUGUUAAAUAAUUUUUACAACAUCAGAAACUGAGCAAAUUUGGAUUUACAGGUCUGAAAUAUUUUUAUUUUUACAAAAUGUGGCUCUGAGGAAUUUUUAUGUAGCUCUAAGGGUCGAGGUACUAGAGGGAACUGGAUUAUUUUUGUUGGACAUUUUCUGUGACCUUGACCGGUCAGAGAACAACCAUGUUGUACAAUUUCCAGGGAUGAGAAUUUUCAGUCAGUUAUUAGUUCACAUAUUAAUUGUUAAUUAUGCAGUUUAAGCACUAAAUAUAGACUCUGUCAUAAUGGUUCAAAGCAAAUGUUAUUAAUGUUGUUAAUUUUAAUUUAACUUCACUUAUAUUAAAUUAAUUUUUGUGUGGGGAGAAAAUUAGCUGUACUUAGGCCUACUGAGAAUUGAGGAACACAGAAAGUUGUAAAAGAUUAUUAAUUUUAUCAGAUCUAAAAGCUGUAUAAAAAUUCAGCUGUAUUAAAAAUUCCUAUGUUCAAAUGUAUUUGUAACUAGGAUUUUACAACACUUUUGAUUAAAAAUUUUUUUUAUCUUUGUUUUUUACUGUAUAAAUCUUUUGUAGAGUCUACUCGAAACUCUUAGACCAUUAAAUAUCACAAAUUUUUGCAACAUUCUGCUAAUAGAUACCUUUUGUUUAGUAUUAACCACUGAAGAUAGUUAAUUUGAAAAGAAUUGGUAAAGGAUUGUAUAGAUUUAUAAAUUAUAUCAUUUGAAUUCUACAGUUGCAAUCUCCUUGUAGAGUAAAAGAAUAUUAUUAAAAAGGGAAUCAGGUGAAUUUAAUGCAUUAUCUGUAUAUGAAGAAAAUUCAUUAAAUUCAUUGAUGUCUGCAUUUCAAAUUGAAUUUAUUGGUAAAUUGUACGUAAAAUUGCUUGGAAAUUAAAGUUCUUCUUUAAAAUUAUUAAUUGAACCUCCCUCCCAGUAUUCGAUAUUAGUCUUUAGAAAAUCUUUUAACGAAUCUCUUUAAAGUAUUUUAUCAAACAAAACUUUAAAUAAUGUUAUCAGUAUUGAAUAUUUCCCUAAGCAAUACUCAUUAUUAUAAAACAAUAUGACCUAAUAUUCAUCGUAAUAAUAUCGCCUAACCCGCCACUGGUAUGUGCUAAGAGUGAGCUAGCCUAACCAACCUCAACUAGCCUAACCUGAUUCUGAACGUUGAUGUAAAGUGAAUUGUUAAACUUUUCUUGUAAAUAACAAUUGAAUAGUGUCUUAUAAAUAAUUCAUUAGUAUAUAAUGUUUUUAUUACAUACCGUAUUCAUACUAAUUCCACCUUGAUUUUUCACAUAAUUUUCACUUGACCUUAGUUUUAUAUAGAAAAUGUAACGUUGAAUAUCUUAUUUUUCUUGUAGUUUCAAAUAGUUGGUAUGAAACGAAUUUCUAUAACUAAAGGUGUAAAAUAAAAGUUGUAUUAAUUUUUCGUAGGAUAAUUUGAUAAUAUUCUGUCACUUACCUCACUCACUUAUAGAACAUAGGACAGAAUGGGUGAUUUUUAAAUAACUUGAAAAUUAUUUCAAAUUUCCUCUUGUAAGGAUAAUAUAUAUGUAGGCCUUGGAUGAAAUCUUGUAUUAAUGUAACUGAAUUGCUACCGAUUACAAGCAGGAUAUGUUUAUAUCAAUACAUGCUAAGUGAGGUAUAAGUUUGUACAGAUAAACAUUGGUCAUGAUUGAACAUUUCUCUAUCUUGGAUUUUGAUAGAUUAACUUGGAACACAUACUUUUGUGCAAUUCCUAUUUGAAAUUUAUCAUCCAACCCAUAUCAGCUUUUACCAACUUUUACUUAUGCACAUUUUAGUGUGGUUAGCAACUUUUUAAUAUUUGUAAUUUCCACCUUUUGAAACUGUUAUGCCAUCUUUUUUUAUUAUUUUCCUGUCAAAACUCAUUUUACCAGAAAACAGAUUUCAAACCUGAAUAUAGAAAUCAGAAACAAUACAAAUUUUCAUCCUAGGCCUUUAUAAUAUUGAUGUGUUGUAUUUAAUUCAUCAAUUUUCUCUCAUCUUGACAUCUUAUAAUUAAAGCAGUGUUAUAUGGUCUGUAUUUUUUUCAUGAAUUUGUUCAAAUAAAAAAUAACUAUUAAAAUAGGAUAUCAACAAUUUUCAAUUUGCAAAACACAAUGUUUUUUUUCAAUUCAGAGGACUAUACUUUCUCCUGUCAUAAAUUAUUACAAUUGUUUUAGAUUUUUCAUUUAAAAAUUAUAAUUUAUUCUUUAUUUGACCUUUUUUUUGCUAUGAUUCAUUCAAUAAAAUCUUUCUGAAUUCCAUUAUAAGUUGUUGAGAUGAGAAUUUGAAGUAGUCUAUGUUAUGGUUAAGAUGUGAUUUGUGUUCUGGCAGAAGAGUUGUGGUUAGUUAAACAAUGGUUAGUUCUGGCAGAAAUGUCACAUAUAUUGCUUGACAUUUUGCAAAUUUUAAAACUGGGAGUCUUUUUACCUUCUAUAACCGAGUCUUUUUCGUGGAAUUUUAAUACCUUUUACAAUUUCACCCAAACCUACUUGUUAAAUUGUUGUACGCAAUCAAUCUGAUAACUGCCCUAGUGUGAUAAUGUUCUCAUGUAAUACUUAAAUCAGCUGUUCAGUGUUCAUGGGUAGAGAAAAGAAUUUUGAAACGAGAAGUUAAUAUAGUAUUCAGCGCAGAUACCUGAAGUGGUUUGCUUAAAAUAAACAUUGAACAGAUUGUCCAAUGUAUGUAAAAAGUUACACCUAUGUUCAGCUCUGGGAUUGAAAACAUCACAACUUUUGAUGUUAGACAACUUUCUUCCAAAAGGAACCCCCCCCCCCUAUUAUAGUUUGUGAAAAACUAUAAUAGGGCUUUGCACAUCUUCAUAGAUAAAUAUCUAAAUAAAAAAAUAUCUAAAUAUCUAUAGUAUAACCAUUGUGUAGCCAAUGAUAAACGGAUGGAAUGUUCUAGUCAAAUGUGGUAUACUAUUUUAAGUUUUAGCAACGUAUUUAAGCACUAAUAUGAAAAAUAUGUGUAAUGAUUGUAAAGGUACCUUAGGUACAGUUUUAUUACUAGCAGUAAUUAACUGUUUCCUUGUUUCGAACAUAAAAUUCACUAGGUUGCAUUUAGACAUUGGGUUAAGUUAACACCCUGAUCAUGCAAUAUGUCACUUAUUGGUAAUGUGCAAAGUUGUAGAAUUUUGAAUGUUUCACCUAUAAGUAUAAACAACUUCAAUUUAUCGCUAAAAAUUGUGUAAUUUUAAUCGCAAAUGAGCUGAAACAGAGUAUCGAAGGACUGGACAGAACGUAACCAAAGCCUAUAUCAAACUAACUGUUAUAUUUUACUGGAUUAUUGCAACGGUGCUACUAUUUUGACCUUUUAAUCCCAAAACCAGUAGGGUUCUUCCUAGGAACACAUCAUGUUGUGAAUUUUUUUAUCUCAGAGCACUGAGUUCUUAAUCAGUUUGUGUUCCUGUGGUGAAAAAAAGUUACAAUCGUAGUAAAUUCAAUAGAUGAAUUUGUUGAUUGAUUUUGUGGGGGAGGAGGUUACGUAUGUUCUUUUCGUGUUGAAAUUCAAUGUUAAUAUCAUUUUGUUUUUCCCUAUAAAACGAUACAUUGGGAGAAGUGUGCAAAAAAUAUUCAUGUUCUCUCUUUCUCAACCUGUUAUAUAGAAUUUAUAGUGAAGUCCAAAACGCAACUGUGACACAAUUUUGAGACAGUCAGAACACAAAUCACAUGAUGACUCGGGUGAUUCGAUUGUAAGUCGAGACGACAGCAGUUCGUACACAAUUAGAGUAACGUAUUAUUGUAACGUAAAAUAUUACUAUAUCUGAACUAAUGGGCAACAAUGACAGUUGUCGAAAACUGAGACACCAUAUUUCAAGGACAGGCAGACCAAACUAAUAUAUUAAUAGUACAUUAGAGUUGUAAUUUUAAACGUAUAUUUAUACAGUAUUACUAUUUAAAAAUUAUUAAAUAUAUUUCUUUAAAAUAAGAAAAUUUAACACUUGUAAAUAUACAUUUAAUAUUUUGUAAAUAUUGUUGCGUAGUUUGUAAUCGUUGUAAAUAGGAAUAAAUGUAGAAUAUGUUUGCAUAUCGAAUGAUGUUUUUUUAGGGGAAUUUUAUUGUAAGAAAUAGAGAACAAGAAAAUCAAAUAUGCUUUUAUUUUCUCACUCUGCUUUUUAAUUUAACAAUGUAUAUCUAGUGAAAAAUUGUCUUCUAAGGAGUAUAACGAAUGUGUACCAGUAGAAUCGUGCUGGAAUGGUUUUUUUUUUUCAUUCCAAUUACAUUAUUUUAGUGUGAACAUUUUCAAAUUCUUAUUUCAUAUCUCAAAAAAAACCGAGAUAUACCUAAAGUAUUACCUAUUACAUUAUUGUUUUCAAUCUCUUCUGAACUUUUUGUGUGCUCUUAUUAAUUGUAAAACUUACUAAAAUUACGUUAGUCCUAAAAAUUCCAGCUAAUUUCAGGCGAGGAUAAUUGAUUUUACAGUUGGUAUUUUGAAGCAAUUCUAAUAAAUCUAUGAGAGAUAUAAAAAUGUAAUUUUAAUCUUAAUUAAAAUAUAUUCUGUACUUUAGUCGAUGUAGGUAAGUAUGAAACAAUUAUGAAUUUCUAUUAGAUGCUAAAUUUAGAAGUUAGUUAAUUCAUUAAAAUAUACAUCAUUUUAAUAUUUACUUCAGAAAUGCUUUCAUUUAUCAAAUAAACAAUGAGCGUGCCUCUAGAUUACCUUAUUAGUUGACUUGGUUCUUACUGUAUUCAAACUACAAUUCUGCCAAUUAUAUUUUUAGGUGUGGUUUGUCAAAAAGUUCUUGGUGCUAUAAAUCUUCCACUCACAUUUCAUUUAAUGUAUACAAAUCUAAAAUUGGAAAGAUUCCAUACAUAUUAUUGUGUAUAUUAUGUAAAACAAAUACACUUGGUGAAGUUUUGAGGUGUAAACACAAAAAAUGGAACCAAUUACAAUUAAAAUCUUGCAUUACUUAAUUACUUGUAUCAAAAUAUCUAACUUUUAAUGCUGAUAAAUCUCAAUAUCUUUUCCAUGUUUUUUGUGGCAAGUUGUGCUGUAAUUAUGCUCUGACUGUUAUUAAAUCACAUUUUAGUAAUUUGGAGUUUACUAGACAUCAAAUUGGUUGUACUAUACCGCAUUCCAGCGGAUUUUUUAAAAGUACUCUAAAAUAUAAUAUUCUGUUUUGAUGGGUGAUAAAUACCCAUUUCCUUGAAUUCUUUCAAGUCGGUCUUGCCAUGACUUGUUUCUGGGAGGUUUGGUAAAAUUUCUUUCAUGUACAUUUGAUUCCUGAUAAUGGUUGAAAUAAUAAAAAAUAAUUAAAUUCUGAGAUUUGACACAAGGAAAAAAGAAAUUUAUUGUAUUGUUUGUUUCCAUUUAUAAAUAAAUACUCCCUACUUUUCAGUUAACGUGAUAAUGUGUUUUAAUAGUACGAGUCCAGUUUUAUAAAUCCAUAUAGUAGAAUUUGCUAUGAAUAUUAAGUUUAUAUUUGGACAGGACAGAACUAUCUUCAGAAACUCUUUUGGUAGGGCCAGAGCCAGGCUGGGGAGUAGCUUUCUUUUACAGCAAAGCUCUUGUAAAAAAAAAGAUGGGAAAAGAAGAUUAGAUCCUUAACCUGGAGAAAGGCUUCUGACUUAGACAAUAUAAAAUGUUUAUCUCUCCUUAUGCAAAAGGUGGUCAGCUCUCCUUGAACAAAGUAAGGAGGAUAUACGACUGGUAUUAGGGAUGCUGACAGGGCAUGGCUCUCUUAGAAAACAUCUGAUGAAGGAGGGUCUAAGUCAGACUGAUGAAUGCAGACUCUGCAGAAAAAAAGGAGAGUCAGCGGAACAUAUAUGGCUAAACUGUCCUGCCAUUUAUAAAAUUAAGAAAAAAUUCCUAGGAGCGUAUCUUCUCAACCCUAAGGAUAUCAGAGAACAGGAGCCUUCAAAUCUGAUCUGAGUUUUCUGGAAAAGUUUCAGAUUUUGAGUCCUAAACUUUAAGUAAGGGAGGCACAAAGGUCCUUUCAUACAGAUAAAAUUUGAUUUUUUUGUCUCUCCCUCUAGACAAAAAAAAACUACUGUAAACUAGUUACACAGUUAUAUAUAAAUUAAACUCAUGUUCUUGUUGUUGUAUUAAUCAUUGAAUUAAGACCUCAACUCAAAGGAAUAGACAUCUUGUGUAUUUAGAGCACCUCUAUGCAUCAUUUUCACAGUUACUUGCUGAUAGUGGAACUAAGUAAACUUUUUAUUAGUUUUCCCUUAAUCUAUUUACCCCUGAUAAUGGAGUAACAAGUAGAAAUUUGUUAGCAAUCUAAAUAACACUUUUUGAGAAUAUUAAUUAAGUAAUGCAGAAUUUAGAAUUGUAAAUGGUUUCAUCUCUUUGUUACCUGCCCUUAAAUAAGUCCUUUUUUGAAAAUAUUAUGUAAGUUAUAGAGUAUAAUGUACUUUACAGUAUAUUUGAUUUCUUGAUAAGUAUGAAUCAUAAUUUUACUUUUUUGAUUAUAGACUCAUCACUUAAGUGUUAUGUCAGGUGGAUUUAAAGUACAGUGGAGUCCCGCUAAUCCGAACACGUGUAAUCCGAACGUCGGUUAAUCCGAACAGGUCCAGGAGGAAUUAUUUAUAACGAUAAUGAACAGUUAUAGGAACUAAUUACAUAAAAAAUGAA